AUGGCAAGUACACCCACAACAGAUUAUUUUCCUGACAGUGAAGAAGAACUUUAUGAUGACGAACCAAGUGAUCUUCCUUCUAUUCCAAUAAAUUAUAAUCGAGGUCGUCGUACUUCUGUAAGCGCUGAAUCAAUGGCUCCUAGUCAAGAUAAGGAUUAUGUUAAAGUUGUUAUUCCAAAAACACAAGAACAAAGAAAACGAAUAGAAAAUUCUAUUGAAAAUAAUUUUUUAUUUAAAAAUCUUGAUGAAGAACAGUAUAAAGAUGUUAUUGACGCUAUGGUUGAAAAAAGAGUUUCAAAUCAUGAACAAAUUAUUAGGCAGGGUGGAAUUGGUGAUUUUUUUUAUGUUGUAGAAACUGGUACCUUUGAUGUUUACGUUUCCAAAAAUGGUGCUCCACCAGAAAAAGUUCAUAGUUAUGGUCCCGGCGGUAGUUUUGGUGAAUUGGCCUUAAUGUAUAAUGCUCCACGCGCUGCUACUGUUGUUGCUACUUCGGACUCUGUUCUUUGGGCUCUAGAUAGAGUAACUUUUAGAAGAAUUUUAAUGGAAAAUACUUCUCGUAAACGCAAAAUGUAUGAAUCAUUUCUUGAAGAAGUACCAAUUCUAGUAUCAUUAGAGCCUUAUGAAAGACAUAAAAUUGCUGAUGCAUUAGAGUCCGCAGUUUAUGAAGAUGGUCAAUUGGUAAUUAAACAAGGUGAUAUUGGUAAUAAUUUCUUUCUCAUCGAAUCUGGUGAGGCUAGUGUAAUGAAAAUUGAUGAAGAAGGAAUUGAACAUGAAUUACCUGGCUUGAAAAAAGGAGAUUAUUUUGGAGAACUUGCUUUACUUAACAAUAAACCUCGCGCCGUAAAUAUAAAGGCAAAAGGUCGACUAAAGGUUGCUACAUUAGGCAAAAAAGCCUUUGUCCGAUUGUUAGGUCCCGUUGUCGAUAUCUUGAAACGUAACAGCGAUAAUUAUGAGACUAUCACACGUAAUGCUCGCCAACAAUAG